GCCGCCGCGGAUGCGCCCGCACCGCGCCGCAGCCUCCGCGCCCGCCCGACGGGGAGCGGCCGCCUUUGUGGAGCCGGGACCUGUCCUGCUUUCUCCUUCAAGCAGAAGAGGAGCUAGCGAGGAGAUUACAAAAACCCCACCAAGCUCGAGUUAAUGUUUGAGAAGUUCGGGUGCGGGAGAGUCUGCUAUUCUCCCAGCAGAUCACAUCACAUGCCUUAUAGUCUGUAAAAGAAGAACUCUGCACAACAUUUCACAGUAAAGAUGAGGAGCUGAGAGAUACCUCUGUUAUCUUGAAGCUAUAGAGGAAUUUUGGCUUCUUGGAGAAACGGGAGAAAAUGCAAAACGAAAUAAUAAAGCCUGCUAAAUACUUCUCAGAAGUGGAGAAGAGUGUGCUGCUUGCAUUAGUUGAAAAAUACAAAUACGUGCUUGAAUGUAAAAAAAGUGAUGCAAGAACUAUUGCUCUGAAACAGCGCACCUGGCAAGCACUAGCUCAUGAAUAUAAUUCACAGCCCAGUGUAUCACUGCGAGACUUCAAACAGUUAAAGAAAUGCUGGGAAAAUAUCAAGGCACGGACAAAAAAGAUAAUGGCACAUGAAAGGCGGGAGAAGGUAAAAAGAAGUAUUAGUCCACUUAUAAAUACUCACAUCGUAGGGAAAGAGAAGAUUGGAAGCAUAAUGCCUGAGCAAAUGUACUUUUUGCAGAGCCCACCAGAAGAAGACUCUGAAUAUCAGCCUGAUGCUUCUAGUCAAGAGUCAUUUGUUGUGUCAAACAGAGAACUUUGUGAUGAAGACAAAGAGCUGGUACAUUUUCCAGUAUGCGAAGGUACCUCCCAGCCUGAGCCUUCAUGUUCUGAUGUCAGAAUAGCAGCAGAUAAGAACUACAGAAGUAAAGCAUCUCAGGAAAGUGCUCUGAAAAAGAUGCAUGAGGAAGAACAUCAUCAGCAAAUGUCGAUUUUGCAACUGCAGUUAAUCCAAAUGAAUGAAGUUCAUGUGGCAAAGAUACAGCAAAUAGAAAGAGAGUGUGAGAUGGCUGAAGAAGAACACAGGAUAAAAAUGGAAGUUCUAAAUAAAAAGAAAAUGUAUUGGGAGAGAAAACUGCAGACCAUUACAAAAGAAUGGCCUGUAUCCUCCUAUAACAGACCCUUUCCUAAUUCACCUUAGAACAUAGAAGGGCAGAGAGUCAGUCUGGUUUAGCACAUUUAUGAGUAACACGCACUGGAAAGAGGGUUUUCUACUGUGAAUGUACAGUGACAGGAUAGGUGCCUGGCUGAUAGUGAACACACUAUGACUCUUAAUGUUUAGGGAAACAGUGGUAUAGUUCACCAAGAGGAAAACUCUAUUGUUUGUUUGUAGGUAGUUCUGAUUUGUUUAACUCGCAGACAUGCACAGUGUUCUACAAUGUGAACAUAUUUUCUCCUUGCAGAACACCCUUGAUCCUUGUGAAGUUUAAGGUACCCUUACAUUGGUAAGAGUAAGGUAUUCUUACAUUGGGAGUUCUUAAGAAAACUUAACAUCUUUAAAUAUUGGGCUGUAGUGUUUGUUUUGAUUUCUAUCUCUUCCUAUCUACCAUUUCCCAAAUGAAGGCAAGGGUUGGAGUUGCUCUCUGCUAUUGAGACAAAAGGUGAUAGACAGCUAUUAGCUGGAUCAUUAUGCUGAAGCUUAGGGAAAAUAAACUAGUUAAUACAGUCCAUAACUUAUUCUUCAUAAAAGAUGUGAAAAUGAAGGAUGUAGCAAGAAGGACACUGUAGUGACAGCCCUCUCCUUCUGAAGAACAGUAAUGUUUAUUUUCCAGCUGUCUGGCUGACUGAGAGGAUGGUUGUGGAAUGGCCCUCCAGUUGUUUGAGCCUUGACACUUGAGAAAUUAAAAAGAAGGCAACUUCUUCCUCAAAAGCCACUGUGCUUAUUCUUUAAUUUUCAGGCCCAUCUUGUAUUGAAAUAGAGUACCCAAACAGGAGGGUCAAAUGCUGCUGCCAGCACUGUGCGCUGUUCACCUGAAGUCAUUCUGAGGGGAAGAGCUUUUUAAGAAUUCAUAAAGCUCUUAAAAUGCAGUGAGCCAGCCAGUCCAUUGGCAAAGUCUCCCUCUAUUUUGCUAUGCAAUACUUGAUGGUGUAGCAACUAACUUGAUUAUUUCUCCUUAGCUAAAAGAAAAGACUAAGACUCACCCUCUUUUCCUUCUCAUAGGGUGGGAAGCGGUUCAAAGGAAUCAUUCCUGUCUUGAAGCAUUGUUCUGUUUUGUUUUGUUUUGUUCUGUCCUGUGCAUUAUGGUGGUGUGUUUCUUGCCUUUGCUGUCAGUGAGGGGUGAUGGACAUGAUUUAUAUGAAGGCAUUCACAUGAAAGUCCCCACAGAUUUUGGAUGUCCAGAAUGGUAGAUAGUAGGAAAGCACAAAUAAAGAUAGAUAAUCUUUACCCUGGCAAUCAUUUAUUCUAGUGGGGCAAGAGUUAAGAAAAUGUGAAAUGCAGAACCCUGCAAGGAUUCAUAAGAACUUCUGGUGUGUGAAAACCUGUUUUACAGGAAGGUGUACAACUGUCAUUUGAAGCAGUGAGAAAAAUGAACAAAACCAUAAAUUUUCAUUGAAAAAUCAGAGUAUCACAUAAUUCAAUAAAGUAUUUUCAGAUCAUUACUCCUGAGGGUGAGUCCAUACUGUGAACAAUGUAUUCAAAGCAGAGUAUGUUACAAGGCAUACAUUCCCAGCUACACUCCUGUCUCUUUCCCUGGAUAUCCUUUCUGGUGGAGUGACUUCCUUUUGGUUUUGUUUUUGAUUGAGUAGGGUUCACUCUGUGUGUGUGUGUGUGUGUGUGUGUGUGUGUGUGUAUGUGGUUUUUUUGACCUGGUUUCACUGCUGGUGAUUCAUCUUUGUGAGCACUGCCAUUAUCAACCACAGGACUAGCUGUGGUUAACAGUGUGGUACCUGUGCUACUUCCUUAAAUGUGCUAAAACCAGCAAUCACAAUGGGAGCUAUUUAUUACAGCUCAUUUUAUAUGACAGAGGAAAAAAAAUAUGCUGGGCUGGUGCAAGAUAAAAAAAAAAGAGGGCCUGUGUAAAAUCUGAAGACAGAUCUUUUUGACCACAAACUCAAUAUUCUUAUAAAUUGGCUGUGUGAAGAAAGUACAGGGAUUCCAAAGAAGGAUGUUAUGGGCACUUUUAUUUUUCCGCUGAAUGAAAACACUUUUGGAAGGUAUAAUAGAGGCAAAAGAAAAGUAAACAGAAAUUAGGACCUUGUUCUGAGAUUGCAUUCUGUGGUCUGAAAGAUGAGUCAGUUAUUUGACUUCUAAGUGAAAAUAAAUGAAAACUAGGUGUUAGAAGGUAAUGAAUGGAGACAAUUUCAGCACUGUGAAGGGGGCAAGAAUAGAUAGCCCUGUGAAAAUGAUGAAAUAGACAUUCGCAAAAUGUGAGUAAGGGUAGCUUGAACUUCUGGAAGUUAUAUGAUUGCUCAUGAAAGAUCAUUGUAUUUUUAUAUUUAAAAAUCCUUUAAAAUAAGCAUGUUUUCAAGUGGACAAUACCUUGCUUCUUGGUGUAUUUUCUUAUUCUGAGACCAAAAUUUACAGUUCUUAUGCUGAACAAUAGGCCCUUUUAAUUCAAGUUCUAUUUAAAAGAAAGAAGACCAUAAGAGAAAGAAAAAUAGCCAAGAUGAAGGUAUGAAACAAAGAAUGAUCAUUAGAUGCAUAGGGGAAGAGUGGGAAUGUUACACCUAACAUAAAUUAUACAAAUAGGUUUUGUGGUAAAGAGAAUAGAUCAUUCACAGGUGACACAGACUCUUGCUUUCCCAUUUGUAGUUGAGUGUUGGUUGAUGUAAAACUGGGUGAUAAACACAGAAAAAUGUAAAAGAUCAACAGGAGAAAAUGAUGUAUCUCCUUGCCAUGCUUUGGCUUUUUAAAGUGAUCAAUGUGAUGGAAUUGAAAUUACUUGAGAAAUUACUUUUGCCUUUGUUGUUUUGCAAUUACUCCUUCUGGUAGUAGAGUUUACCUUUUCUUGUGUUUGACUUUUCUUAUAUAUGUAAUAUAUCUAUCUCAGACAAUA